AUGGCAACCAUCGGGGAAUUCGAUCCACUCAACACGAGAGUCCCCGCAACUAAAAUAGAAGUUACCGUCUCGUGCCGGAGUCUUCUGGAUGUGGAUACAUUCUCUAAAUCUGAUCCUGUGGUGGUUCUGUAUUUGCAGGCUAUAGGAACCAAAGAGUGGAGAGAGACUGGCCGGACUGAGGUGAUUGAUAAUACCAGGAAUCCUGAUUUUGUCAGGAAGUUUGUCUUGGAUUUCUUCUUUGAAGAAAAACAAAAUCUAAGGUUUGAUGUGUAUAAUGUGGACUCCAGAAGCUGUAACAUUUCCAAACACAAGGAUUUUUUGGGCCAGACGUUUUGCACCCUUGGAGAAAUCAUUGGCUCCACAGGAGGACGGCUGGAGCGAACGCUCUCUGGGAUUCCAGGAAAGAAAUGUGGUGUCAUUAUCUUAACAGCUGAGGAGCUCAGCAACUGCAGGGAUAUUGCUACCAUGCAGUUGUGUGCCAACAAGCUGGAUAAGAAAGACUUUUUUGGCAAGUCAGACCCCUUCUUGGUUUUCUAUCGCAGCAACGAAGAUGGAACAUUCACCAUCUGCCAUAAAACAGAAGUGAUCAAGAACACACUAAACCCUGUGUGGCAGCCCUUCACCAUCCCUGUUAGAGCUCUCUGCAACGGUGACUAUGACAGGACUGUAAAAAUAGAUGUCUAUGACUGGGAUCGAGAUGGAAGCCAUGACUUUAUAGGCGAGUUCACCACAAGCUACAGAGAGCUCUCUCGGGGACAGAACCAGUUCAACGUCUAUGAGGUUUUAAAUCCAAAGAAAAAGGGCAAAAAGAAGAAGUACAUCAAUUCAGGAACUGUAACUCUGCUGUCCUUCAAAGUGGAGUCUGAGUACACCUUUGUGGAUUUCAUCCGAGGAGGGACACAGCUGAACUUCACUGUUGCCAUAGACUUUACAGCAUCAAAUGGUAAUCCAUCUCAACCCACCUCGCUCCACUAUAUGAGCCCCUACCAGAUGAACGCAUAUGCCAUGGCCCUGAAAGCAGUGGGUGAGAUCAUCCAGGACUAUGACAGUGACAAGCUCUUUCCUGCCUAUGGCUUUGGAGCUAAAAUGCCCCCUGAUGGCAAAAUCUCUCACGCGUUCCCACUGGGUGGCAACAGUGAUAAUCCAAACUGUGUAGGCAUCGACGGGGUUAUGGAGGCCUACUUCCAGUGCCUAAGAACAGUGCAGCUGUAUGGCCCGACCAACUUUGCACCCGUUAUCAACAAAGUGGCGAACUGUGCAUCAGAGAUAACAGAUGGCUCUCAGUACUUUGUCCUGUUGAUGAUCACAGAUGGAGUCAUAUCUGACAUGGUCCAAACCAAAGAGGCCGUGGUCAAUGCUGCAUCACUCCCGCUGUCUAUAAUCAUCGUUGGUGUAGGGCCUGCUGAGUUUGAUGCAAUGGAAGAGUUGGAUGGAGAUGAAGUGAGAGUAUCCUCUCGAGGGCGCCUCGCCGAGAGAGACAUUGUACAGUUCGUUCCAUUCCGAGACUACGUAGACAGGUCUGGGAAUCAAGUCCUCAGUAUGGCACGUCUGGCUAAGGAUGUCCUCGCUGAGAUCCCAGACCAGCUGCUGUCCUUCAUGAAGAGUCGAGGAAUUGAACCUCGCCCGGCUAUCUCUUCCUCACCACUUCCAUAA